AUGUCUCUUCCCCAAGUUACUGAACACUCAAACUAUACCAACGAUAACAACACUAUAACACAUCAAUUACUGCCAACUCCCAUUUCCGAAUUACGCACGAAGGCGUACAUCAACAUUGCCGAAACCGAAGUUUAUGGAGUUAAGCGAUGGCUGAAUUCUGUUACCAAACUGUACGCGCAGUGUACUAGUAUUAUGGUAGAGGUAGUAAGGCUACACUCUGGAUACAAGGACAUAUGUAAUGAUCCCAUUUAUUUGAGUUUGAAAAAGAGGACAGACAAUGACAUUUUUGCGAUAUUGGAAUAUUUGGCUUUAACUAUAGAAGCUCACUAUUCUCAAUACCAACAACAGCUGUAUCAAAGCUCAAGGAGGAAUAGUAAUAAUCCUUACUAUUCAACGUUAAACUAUCAAGAAUCUUUAAGCAAAUUGUUUAAGCAACACAAGACUCCACCGUCAGCUGAAAUGGAAUACCACACUGCCUCGAACAAUGCUGUUUUGACUGAGAUAGCACGAAAUACUGAGAACAAUCGAGAAGCAUUUAAGCAUCAACUGACUUUGAACAACCUACCUCAUUGGACAAGCAAUCCAUUGUUACAACCGUCAACGAUACAACCGUAUGAACUGGCACGCUGUAUAACCACAAAAACACUUUCACAAAGCAUCUUGAUUAUUGACAUACGACCAAGAAACAUUUUCACUGUAGGCUGUAUAAAGCAUCAAUGGAUAAUCCAAAUUGAGCCUACCGUUCUUUUGAAGCAACAAAAGAGUCCUGCGCUUGUGGAUUAUAUCCAGGCAUCUUUAGCAAGCCAUCCGCAGCCCGAACUUACAUUGUUUGCAGAAAGAUGCAGAUUUGAUGUGAUAGUUUUCUACGAUGAAAGCUCAGGACAACAACAAAAUGCCGAGCCUACUGCCACUGCUAUCACAGAAGAGGCAACUAUUUUAAGAAGAGCCUUGGAAAAAGAAUCAUUCAUAGACAAUAUUAGGAGGCCGCCUGUCAUGUUGGCUGGCGGGUUCAAUGCUUGGCAUUCAAUAAUAGGAGAAAGAGGCAUUUAUCGAUUUCCUAAAGGAGGAGAUAGGGACGAACAGCUUAAGGAACAGUAUUCAAAUUCUACGCAGACGCAUCCUCUAAAAUCCGCUGUUGCUGCUGCAAUGCCACCAUUCAAAGCAAUCGAACAGUCAUCAAUAACACAGCCGCAGUGGCAGCAAAAUGGACAGGAAACUUUCAUUCAUAACAAACCCUUCCAUAAACCAGCCAUAACAGCAGCAGCAUUAACAUCUGAACAGAAACCAAUUCCUCAGUUGAAUGCUAAUGGCAAUUUUACUAAAUACAGCAGCAGUGAUAGUGAUCGUAGUAACAAUAGCAUCCAUACCCAUCCCAGCUCAUACAGGACAGCUUCUUCAACAUUUUGUCUACAACAGCAACAAAGACCUUCAUCCGCUGAACCAACUGUUUCUAUAAGCAAACCAUCAGCUCUUGCAGAAUUUCAUCAACACUCAUCUACCAAUAAUUCACAUACUAUUACCGCUUCUUCUAGCUCUCCUACUAGUCAAUUCCGCCUUGGUGUAUCCAUAAUACAAACAAAUGGUAAAACGGGCUUAAAAAAUUUGGGUAAUACCUGCUAUAUGAAUUCCAUAAUUCAGUGCCUAAGUGGGACCAUACCACUUGCUCGAUUCUUGAUUUCUGGAGAAUACAAGCAACAUUUGAAUCGUAAGAAUAAGGCGGGAACAGGAGGUGCAUUAGCAGAAAGUCUCGCAAGGUUAUUACGUGUUAUGUGGAGCGAAAGUUACAAUUGUGUUUCACCUUUGACAUUUCGGGAAGUCUUAGUUCGCUUCGCCCCUCAAUUCUCAGGUGCCGAUCAUCAGGAUUCUCAAGAGUUUCUAAUGUUUCUAUUGGAUGGAUUGCAUGAGGAUUUGAAUCAAAACAAUACUAUUGGAGUGAAAGUAGAAGAAGCGUCGUACGAUAAUCAUAUUAGUAACGGUAGAACCCAUACACGAUCACAAGAUGAAGCGACAGCAGCAAGUCUAGCCUGGGAUAAAUAUCUAUAUACAAGUAAUAGUAUCAUUGUUAAUUUGUUUCAAGGACAAUACAAAAGCAAACUUACUUGUGUAUCUUGCAGAUAUACAUCUACUACAUACAAUGCUUUUAUGUCAUUAUCACUCCCUAUACCUACAAAGAAACUUAGAUUAUCCAGCAUUACACUGCAGCAAUGCCUUGAUUACUUUGUUAAAGAAGAGACUUUGGAUAAAGGAGAUGCUUGGAAAUGCCCAAAGUGCGCUAAAAAACGAAAAGCAUUAAAGAGAAUUAGUUUGACUAGAUUACCAGAAAUUCUUCUGAUUCAUUUAAAGCGAUUUUCAGCUACUGGGCCUUUCAGAGAAAAGAUUGACAGUAUGGUAAAGUUUCCCACGAGAAACCUGGAUUUGUCAGGUUAUAUGUCUCCAACAUAUAGUGCAGAUCAAAAACAAAAUCUGCAGGCCUUUAUUUACGAUCUUUACGCUGUCUCUAACCACUAUGGGACACUGUUAGGCGGGCAUUAUACGGCAUCCAUUAGAGAAGGAUUAAAGGACAAGUGGCACCAUUUUGAUGACACCAAAUUUUCUGUCUGUGAUGAAACGAAAGUUAUUGUAAAAAUAUUUUACAACGGUUGA